GUGCAAGAAGAAUGCGUCGAUAUCAAAACCAUCUCAAAUUGGGACCUAGAUCAACAGUCUGAUUGGUCGAAAUGGCAUACAGGCCACACAGUAGAAGCCCAUGGGUUAAUACUUGGCCUGUUGGGCCCUUCCCCAUUUUUCUUCCAAAGUUUGUUCAC